CCUUGAAGCCAAUGCACUCGAAACUUUUGAAACAUUCUGGUGCCUAAAUCAAUACUGCCCUCAGGGAACCAGCAGUCUGUUCUCUAUUAGGAGAUUACAGGAUCUCUCGAGGUGAAUAAAUAUUUGAGUAGGCUUAAUUAGAGCUGUGAUCGAUGGAGAAGUCAUUUCUGAAACUCAGGAACACCGAGUCAAUGAACGAGGGAUGCAGCAAGUUAGUCAGAAAUCGCCGGGCUAUUGCAAUGAAGAGAUUUCGGAGAUCAAAACAAAACCGAAAACUAAAAGCAAACAUGGAAAGCUUAAGAGAAGACAUGGCGGAGAUUGGUGAACAACAACAGCGCAUCAAAGAUGGGCAAAUGAAAAUCAGAAGGAGCUUCGAAGAGAUUGAAUCUCAAUGUGAUCAACUCACCAAGGAAACGUCUCUGAUAUUGCGACAAACUCUGUACAAUCAACAACGCCUCUGUCUUAUAUUCAAGAUCAUAAAAGCUCGAGAAGACAACGACUUUGCCAUGGCUGCUGAGCACACUCGACUUCUCAGGGAACUGAUGAAGCAAAAUAUGGGAAGCAAUAUUUGACAUUAAUUUGCAGAUGCAAGUGAUGGAGUAAUAAAAAGAAUGGUUAAUUAAUAAUGAUUUUAGACCGUCGACGCCACCCAUUCUCUAGAUAGUUGGGAUUUCUUUAAACAGCGAGAAUUUCAGUAAGUUUAGGUUUAAGAAGCAAAAGAUCAACGAGUUCUAUCAAAAUUCUCAUUAAUCAACAAGUAAAUUCUUUAAUUCUCUUUUUCAAAAAAGUUCAAGUUUCUUUUAUAUUUUCUAAAAUACAUUUUAUUAAAUAUGAAAUCAUAUAUUUUUUUAAUUAAUUGUUUUAAUUUUUUAGGAAACUUCUAUAUAUAUACCCUUAUUUGAUGUCCCCAUUUGUUCGAAAUCUUCACCAUUAUUUUUAAUGCUCUUUUUUUUUUAAAAAAAAAAGCUAGCUACUUUAAAUAAAAAAAAGACCACCAAAAUAUGGAGUCGAACAUUUUUUUUAUAUUUUCUUUUAAUAUAUUUUUUAGCUCAUUUCAUCAUUCUUUGGCUUUAAUCAUAAAAAAAUAGGGCACUUAAUUUUUAUUUUUUAUUUUUUAAUAAUGGCCUAUAAGGUGCUGUAUUUUUCUUAGGUGGUGGAUUUUUUGUUUGUUUUUACGUUUUAAAAGCGUAUUUAAAAAAAUUUGAAUUUUUUUUUAAUUUUUUAUUUGUUUCAAAAUAAUAUUUUUUUGGUGUUUUUAAAUUAUUUUGAUGUGCUGAUAUAAAAAAUGAUUUUUAAAAAAUAAAAAACAUAUUAUUUUGAUAUAUUUCUGAAUGAAAAACACUUUGAAAAAUAACUGCAACCACACUCCAACACGCAAGAUUAGAAAUAAAUAGGGAAAAAACAGUUAUGAUCAAUUGUGUUUGUUAUUUUUUUUUGUGUUUUUUUAACAACAAUAAAAAUCAUACAAAUAAAUUUUUGAAAAAUAUAUUAAAAAGAAGAUGAAGAAAUCAAGCCAAAUAUUCUAAUGUGUUCACUUAUGGAAGGAAAAAUAAUUAGUGAUAAUUGAUAAUUUAAAAGCUUGUUUUAUGAAGUAUAAAAGUACUUGAGCAUUUUCGGCAAAGAGAUCUAAACGAUGAACUUAUUGGUUAACGAAAAAUUUCAUAGCUCUCGUUGAUAUUUUGUUUAUAAAAUUGUCACUCUUAUAUAUAUAUAUAUAUAUAUAUAUAUAUAUA